UCACUCUUCAAAAAACAAAAUCCAAUAACAAAAGCACAAAAAUGCUCAAAAAACACAAAACCCUACAAGAUUCCGACACAAAAAUGUAGAAGAUCCAACAACUUAACCAAACAAAUGAUGGAUUAUCCAUCAACACUACUUGGUUACCUCCGAUUUACUGGAAACCUCCUCCUCCUCCUCCUCCGGCUUAGCUCUCAUAAUCUCCAAUCUUUCCAGAUACCCCAACAGCGGAAGCUGCCACUGUGUAUUAUCCAAGUCCACCACCUCCCUGACCUUGUCGUCCAUCUUCGAGAGCAAGUCGUCUUCGAAGAACUCGGA